UUUCAUCUCAUUAUUUAGUAUAUACGACGGCGACGGAGCAAAUUAAAAUUUACAACCCUCGACGAGUCUGUGCGAUUGAACGAGAAGACGGUGACAAGAUUUUGAAGCGAGAGAAGGGAGAAACAAAAAGAGGAGAGUAGCCAUGGGGAUGAAAUUUCUGAACAAGAAGGGAUGGCAUACGGGGAGUCUCCGUAACAUCGAGACCGUAUGGAAGGCUGAGCAGAAACAAGAGGCCGAAGAGAAGAAGCUUGAGGAGCUUCGUCUCCAGCUCUCGCAGGAAAGGGAGCGUAAUGAGUUUCGCGCUCUCCAGGAACAGGCUGGCCUCAUCCCGAGACAAGAGAGAUUGGAGUUUCUGUAUGAAUCAGGAUUAGCAGUAGGGAAAGGGAGCAGUUCAGGUCAUGGUGUUUCGUUUCAGAAAGAAGAGCAGCCUUUAGCCAAAGCUGAAGCUGGUAAUAGUGCUAGUGAGAAGCCUGAUCCGUCAGCUCCUGGUGCGCUGUUUGAGGAGAAGGCGCAAUCUGCUAAUGAUUCUUGGAGGAAACUUCAUUCUGACCCUUUGCUUCUCAUCAAGCAGCGUGAGCAGGAUGCCCUUGCUAAUAUCAAGAACAAUCCUGUGAAAAUGGCUCUUAUUCGCAAAUCUGUAGAAGAAAGAGGAAAGGGUAAAGAUGGAGACAGAAAGGGGCACAAGAAAAAGCAUAAGCGUAAAAGUGGAAAGCAUCACAAGAAAUCUUCAUCCAGGUACAGUUCUGAUUCGGAGGAAGAUUCUGAUGAAGAGCAUAAUGGAAGAAAAUCCCACUAUGAGAAAACAUCAGGGAAAUCCCAUGACAAACACUAUGAGAGACCAAGGUCAGAUUUAGAGGAUGAGUCAAAAGGAAAAGAAAGUCGUGAUAGGCACUAUGGGAGAAGAAGGUCAGAAUUGGAUGAUGAGUUAAAAAGAAGAGAAAGUAAGGAUAAUCACUAUGAGAGACGAAGGUCAGAUUUGGAUGAUGAGUCCAAAAGAAGAGUAAGUCAUGAUAAGCACUAUGAGAGGGAAAGGUCAGAUUUGGAUGAUGAAUCCAAAAGAAGAGUAAGUCAUGAUAAGCACAAUGAGAGACGAAGGUCAGAUUUGGAUGAUGAUGAGUCCAAAAGAAGAGAAAGUCAUGACAAGAGACGAAGGUCAGGUUUGGAUGACGAAGCAAAAGGAAGAGAAAGUCAUAGAGAAAUCCGAGCCAGUGAGAAAUAUAGGAAUCACUCCCCUAAAGGCAGUUUGGAGAGGGAAAACAUUAAGAGUUAUGGUCAAGAGGAUAAGAAAAGGAAAAUAGAGGAUUUAGACAAUGGAGAGCGUCCCUCUAAGGAGAAUGAAUACCAGAAUAGACGCCGGAAAGGUGGCUCUAAGCUAUCGGAAGAAGAGAGAGCUGCUAGAUUGAAGCAAAUGCAAAUGGAUGCAGAGGUACACGAGGAGCAAAGGUGGAGAAGAAUAAAGAAAGCUGAUGAGACUGAUGCAGUGGAAGCUGAUAAGAACAAAGUAUCCACGGGCAAAAGCUUUUUGGACGAUGCUAAUAAAAGUGUGUAUGGAAUUGAGAAAGGCGGGAGCUCAACUAUCGAAGAAAGCGUGCGUCGAAGAAGCUAUUAUUCACAGCGUGGAACUGCAGCUGAAGGCAAUGCGUUUCGCCGCUGAUGAUGCAAAUAUCGUUUCAACACAAGACAAUACAUAACAAGGUUAUUUGUCAAGAGAGAAUCAAGCUCGUUGUUCUUUCGAUACGUGAGGACGUGAGGACGACUGACUAGGCUAAGGCCCAUCGGCAUAGCCCAUUAUGGAUGGGGUGGUCCAGUCUUUUAUCUCCAAAGCGAGGGUGGGAUUUUGAAUUGUGUAUUGUGUAAUAUUAAGUGAGUGGGACGUUGAAAUGAGGUGUAUGAGUCAAUCAAUACCCGUGACAUGUAGUUAAGCAUAAUACUCCAAGAUUCCCCUUUGGCAUUUUUAAAGAAACCACGAGAUGAAGCCACUCUCUUUUGUCUUUUUGAUAAUUUAUUUAUUUUCUUUGUUUUU